AUGCGUGCUUCUUUCACUUCACUGCUUCUGGCUGCUGCGGCCGCUGUCACGGCACACAGCCAUGACAACCACGCGAGGGCCCAUCAUGAACAUUCCAGAGCAGCGGCUAUUGAUACUUCGACGCUGAAGGGCAAAUGGCUGUACGGAUAUCAGGGCUGGUUCCGCAAGCCAGCGUCCGGCGUCAACAACCACUGGUCUCCCAACGGCGGAACUCCCGGUCCUGGAAAUGUUGAGUUCGAAUUUGUGCCUGAUGUCAGCCAGUAUCCGGCCAACUGCCUGUUUGCUUCCACCUUGACGGCACCCAAUGGGCAGCCGGUGCAGCUGUAUGACAACACCUGCGAGGGAGUUGUCGACUUGCACUUCAAGUGGAUGCAGCAGUAUGGCAUUGACGGAGCCAUUGUGCAGCGAUUCUUGAGUCACUUGGACGAUGCUUCUUUCAUCACAAUCCUCAACCAGGUCGAAGCCGCUGCCGUCAAGUAUGGCCGAGGCUUCAUCGUGGAAUACGACGCCUCAGGCGGAAAUUCGGCGACCGGCAGCGUCGCCGCCCAGAUUCUGGCCGACUACAACUCCAAGAUCAAGCCCUACACCACGUCGUCGGCCUACAUCCACCACAACGGCAAGCCCGCCGUCAUGGUCUUUGGCGUUGGCUUCCCGACUGUCAGCAUCAACGUUACGGACGGCGCCAACAUUGCCACGCAGCUCAAGAACGCCGGCGCCUAUGUCGGGCUCGGCGUGCCGGCCAACUUUGGUACCGACGUGAGGGCCAACACGGGCUUUGCGGCGGCGUACAAGGCGGCCAACCUGAUCAGCCCGUGGACCGUGGGCAGCUACAGCGAGGGAGGGUACAAGAACGGAUACCACACGACGACGCAGAUCCCGGAUUCUCAAACCCUCCAGUCCCUCGGCAUUGACCACGCCCCCCUGGUCUGGCCCGGCACCUCCGCCUACCAUCUCAACGGCGUCACCACGCCGGCCAACUUUGACUACUUCCCCCGUUACAACGGCUCCUUCUACUCGAUGCAGGCCGACGCCGUUACGUCCCUGCCCGCCAAGCCGCUGUUUGUGUUUAAUGCCAUGUUCGACGAGAUCAACGAGGGGACCCAAAGUCUGCCCUGCCUCAAGAACAACCAGCUCCCCACCAACGAAAAGUUCGUUGGCUACGACAACGAUUUCGCCGACACUGGUUUCUAUCUGGAGCUCGGAGGCCAGAAGGCCGCUGCAUUUGCUGCUGCCGUCAACUAG